AUGGAAACUAAGGAUGGGGAUUGGGUGCUUUUCACAUGUAAGUUGGGAGUUCAUCAAGUUGCUGACGACAAAGACUGCCCCGAGGACGAUGACUGUUGUGAUAUGUUUGAUGAGUUUGAUCGUCUUCUUGAAUGGAAGGAUACAUCCAUGAUCAUCUAUUUGAUGUCAAAGGAUUUGACAUCGUUGACAGCUCUUGAAUCACUGAAACUGCCUCAUUUGAACACGGUACCCAUAUGCGCGCGAAAUAUAGAACCUAAGUUGGUCCAUCUAGGAGCUCAAACCGUCGGCCUAAUUUUGUCCGCAGACACAGGGGACGAAGCAAUGAGGGAGAAACAAAUUUUUUCCCUGAUGUUUGAAUUUGAAAUUGUAGACAGCAUAUGCUCCUUAGCCCUUGGAAUUUUUGUGGUCCUUUCAAGUUUACGUCUUCUGCCAACCGAACACCCGAAUCGAUGGCCACUAGAGUAG